UAAGGGAUCCCCGGUUAUACUGGGCCCCUUUUGAAAGAAGAUCACAGCAUGCUGGGCAUGGUAUCGUUGUCAAAGCGAGUUUGAAGCCAGCUUAGUCUGUCAGACCCUCUCCCAGCCCUACCCCGCAUAGAUGGCUUUCGGCGCAGGCAAAGCACCUGCAUCUCCAAUGGAUACUGAAGGGUUUGGUGAGCUCCUUCAGCAGGCUGAACAGCUUGCUGCUGAGACCGAAGGUAUCUCCGAGCUUCCACAUGUGGAACGGAAUUUACAGGAGAUCCAGCAAGCGGGUGAGCGCCUGCGUUCCCGUACCCUCACCCGUACAUCCCAGGAGACAGCAGAUGUCAAGGCAUCAGUCCUUCUCGGGUCACGGGGACUUGACAUAUCCCACAUCUCCCAGAGAUUGGAGAGUCUGAGUGCAGCAACUACUUUUGAACCUCUUGAGCCUGUGAAGGACACAGACAUUCAGGGCUUCCUGAAGAAUGAAAAAGAUAAUGCACUGUUAUCUGCCAUUGAAGAGUCCCGGAAGAGGACUUUUGGGAUGGCUGAGGAGUAUCAUCGAGAAUCAAUGCUGGUCGAGUGGGAACAAGUGAAACAGAGAAUCCUGCACACGCUGCUGGCGUCAGGAGAGGAUGCCCUUGACUUUACCCAAGAAAGCGAGCCAAGUUACAUCAGUGAUGUGGGUCCUCCUGGUCGAAGCUCUCUGGAUAGCAUUGAGAUGGCCUAUGCCCGGCAGAUUUAUAUCUACAAUGAGAAGAUUGUGAGUGGACACCUGCAGCCCAACCUAGUGGACCUUUGUUCAUCUGUUGCAGAGCUGGACGACAAGAGCAUUUCUGACAUGUGGGCCAUGGUAAAACAAAUGACAGAUGUGGUGUUGGCACCAGCAACUGACGCCCUGAAGAGCCGAAGCAGUGUAGAAGUGCGCAUGGAGUUUGUCAGGCAGGCCUUGGGAUACCUUGAGCAGAGUUACAAGAAUUACACACUUGUGACUGUCUUUGGAAAUUUGCAUCAGGCCCAGCUGGGCGGUGUGCCUGGGACUUACCAACUGGUUCGAAGUUUCCUAAACAUUAAACUGCCAGCUCCCUCACCAGGACUUCAGGAUGGAGAGGUGGAAGGCCAUCCCGUCUGGGCGUUAAUUUAUUACUGCAUGCGCUGUGGGGACCUGCUUGCUGCAUCACAAGUCGUCAGUCGAGCCCAGCACCAGCUGGGGGAAUUUAAAACCUGGUUCCAGGAGUACAUGAACAGCAAGGAUAGAAGAUUGUCUCCAGCUACUGAAAACAAGCUCCGGCUUCACUACCGCAGAGCCCUCAGGAACAACACAGACCCCUAUAAGCGUGCUGUGUACUGUAUCAUUGGCAGAUGUGACAUCACCGACAAUCAGAGCGAAGUAGCAGACAAGACUGAGGACUACUUAUGGUUAAAAUUGAACCAGGUGUGUUUUGAUGAUGACGGCACCAGCUCGCCACAAGACAGGCUCACUCUCUCACAGUUCCAGAAACAGCUGCUAGAAGACUAUGGCGAGUCCCACUUCACGGUGAACCAGCAGCCCUUCCUCUACUUCCAAGUGCUGUUCCUGACUGCACAGUUUGAGGCCGCCAUUGCCUUUCUCUUCCGCAUGGAGCGGCUGCGCUGUCAUGCUGUCCAUGUGGCCCUGGUCCUGUUUGAGCUAAAGCUGCUUUUAAAAUCCUCGGGUCAGAGUGCUCAGCUCCUCAGCCAUGAGCCUGGUGACCCUCCCUGCAUGCGACGGCUGAACUUCGUGCGUCUGCUCAUGCUCUACACCCGCAAGUUUGAGUCCACGGAUCCGAGGGAAGCACUCCAGUACUUUUACUUCCUCAGGGACGAGAAAGACAGUCAAGGAGAGAACAUGUUUCUGCGCUGUGUGAGCGAGCUUGUGAUAGAAAGUCGAGAGUUUGAUAUGAUCCUUGGGAAACUAGAGAAUGACGGAAGUAGAAAGCCUGGAGUCAUUGAUAAGUUUACCAGCGACACAAAGCCUAUUAUCAACAAAGUUGCUUCUGUGGCAGAAAGUAAAGGACUGUUUGAAGAAGCAGCCAAGCUUUAUGACCUUGCCAAGAAUGCUGACAAGGUGCUGGAGCUGAUGAACAAGCUGCUGAGCCCUGUGGUCCCACAGAUCAGUGUCCCACAGUCCAACAAGGAAAGACUGAAGAACAUGGCCCUCUCCAUUGCCGAGCGGUACAGGGCUCAGGGAAUAAGUGCAAAUAAGUUUGUGGACUCUACAUUCUAUCUCCUCUUGGACUUGAUAACCUUUUUUGACGAGUAUCACAGUGGCCACAUUGACAGAGCCUUUGAUAUCAUUGACCGCUUGAAGCUGGUACCUCUAAACCAGGAAAGUGUGGAAGAAAGGGUGGCUGCCUUCAGAAACUUCAGUGACGAAAUCAGGCACAACCUCUCAGAAGUACUUCUCGCCACCAUGAACAUCCUGUUCACACAGUUUAAGAGGCUCAAGGGAACAAGUCCAUCUUCAGCAUCCAGGCCUCAGCGAGUCAUCGAAGACCGUGACUCUCAACUCCGAAGUCAAGCCAGAGCUCUGAUUACCUUUGCUGGAAUGAUACCCUACCGGACAUCUGGGGACACUAAUGCCAGGCUGGUGCAGAUGGAGGUCCUCAUGAAUUAAGGGCUGUAUUUGAUGGGGUCUGGGGCUGCACACUAUCAGUAUAUUAGUCACAUGGGCCAGCUGGGGUGGGCUUACCAGUUUUUUUUCUGUUGUGUUGUGUUUUGUUUUUUGUAUUAUGUAUUUUUGUCAGUACCAAUAAAUUUCUUUGAUUUGUAUUUCUUUUAAACAUUUUUUUCUUUUCUUUUUUUCCUUUAAAAUUUUGGGUUUUCUUGUUUUGUUUUGGUGUGUGUGUGUGUGUGUGUGUGUGUGUGUGUGUGUGUGUGUGUGUGUGUUUAUUCGGGAAAUGUUGUCAAUAGUUUUGGGGCCAGAGAAGGAGAGGCAACAUAGGUUUCUGUAAUUUGGCUAAUACGACUUUAAAUGAUUAAAAAAUUAUCCAUUAUGAGCAAGGAAUCCAAGCCUUUGGAGUCCCAUUCACUCAGACACUAUGGCCCAUAUAAGCAUUCACAGUGCAUUUUCACAAGUCUAGUUGCAUGGGAAGCCAGCCUCAGCCUUGGGCCAUGGAAGGUCUGUGUGUGGAAUACCAAGUGCUGCUGUCCUCUUGCGUAGCCUUUGAGGUCAUGUAGCCCCAAACCACUCCUCUUCCUCAGCCAUGAUUCCAGCUGAUGGCCUCCUAUUCCACACUUCCCGAUGGGGUCAAAGCAUGGGCUUGGGACUGCUGGAACUGAAAAGGUGUAAGUGCCCAGCUCAAGGCGGAGAUGGGGUGAGCCCUCCACUCCUCCUCUGCUCUGUUAAGAGCUGAUGGAUGAAGUCACUCCCCUCUCAAAGAACCUUUUGAAGCUUCUCUGCUUUGGCAGUCAGUUCUACUUGGAUGAUCCCCUUCACUGAUGAAGGCAAGCUCAUGGGCUCAUUCUGCAUGUCUGACAAUAGAAACCUCUGGCAUCUGCGUUCUGGGUAUUUGGUCCCCAGGCAGUGGUUGUCAUUUGUUACUGACUGCUUCUCUCACCACACCCAUAGCCCUGGACUGAACUAGAAAGAUCAACAUGAGCACUUGCUCCUGAGUGAGCCAGCUGGGCAAGGUCUGCUCUUCAGGCUAUUGGAACACUCUUGAGGAACACUUUGCCACGGGCUCGCCAAAAAGGUUUUUGCUCCUCGGGGAAAAAAAUCUCUUACACAGGAUAGUCACUCCUACGUCUUUCCCUUUGGGAAAGAGCUGAUGGAUCUGUAAUGGACACGGAUUUCACAAUCCAUAAAGGGUAUAAUGUGAGGCCCUCCAGGUUGUAGUCUUCCUUCCCUGGUCUCAUCCUGUAGGUGGGACCCAAAACUGACCUUCCCUUUAAAGUCUGGGAAGGCAAGCCUGUAGGAGGCUAGGCUAAGCACGGUGUGUCUUGCUCAUGGGCCCCGAGAACUGACGUGUUUUUUCACAGUGCAGGGUGAGAGCACUCCAGAUUUGAUAGUGCACAACUGUCUUCAUUUCUGGAAUUGACUCCUUUUCCAUAGUUCGAGAAAACGGGUUGGCUGUGGCCUCUGCUGCUUGUCUCUUCCUCACCCCAGCAGAGUUCACUGUGAGUUUGUCCUUGUCUUAUGCAGUUCUGUGUGCAUCUAGGGAACUGCACACAUGCCCUGCAGAAACCAGAAGAGACCUAAAGGCAACAGGCAAGAAAAGCAGCAGCUCGGGACGAACGUGGUGUAGUUAGUGGCCGGCAGGUUAGGAGUUGGUGUGGGGAGGCCUUUGGGAAAGAAUGCCAUCACUGUCAAGUCCCCCACAAGCCAAUUCCAGUACUUGUUCUAUAGACUGGUUCUGUGACUGCAUGUGAGUCACAGAAAGUGUGGAGCUAAGAACAACCUGAGUUUGCAAGGCAUGGCAUCAACAGGUUCCCAUGUGCCCAGCUGGUGCCAGAAGUCAGACAUGUCUAAUGACUUCAUGACUGUGUGACAGAUUAUAAGCCUAAGCCAUCCUUCCACUCAUUUGUUCAGAGAAGUAAAUCCUUCCUGGUGAUUGUCUGUGACGUCGUUGUUUACCCAGAGAAACGAGAAGACAGUGGCUCUGGAGGCUCUUGAACAAACGCAGGGCACUUUGAGACGGCCAGGGUAAGAGGCUGUCUCAGUAUCUCAUAGUUGACUCCUGGGGAACCUCACAGGGAGGUGCUGACUGCUCAGCACCUUUUCGGAGCCUGGGGAUUUGAUUUCACCUCCUCUUUUCCUUUGUUUUUUCCUCCUCCCUCUCCUCCUGAGUAAAGUUAGGUAACUCAGGGGAACAAUGAAGUGGAUUUGGGAGUCCCUCUUUGAGCACAUCUUCUGGUGUUGUGGCUUCUGAGCUGGGGGUGGAUGGGGGGUCCAUUGGAGGGCUGGAAGUGUCAAUUAAUGCUGGAGGCAGAAGGCAGACCCCCUCCUGCCCCAUGUAAACUCAGACCAGAGCCCGAAGGAGCUUGUGGUUGCUGCAGUGAUGCUUUAGUCCUGUCAUUUUAAGUCCUAGGGUUUAGGAUAUUUUAAGUGAAGAAUUAGGGUCCUCCCACAGUGCCCAACACUGGCUGGUUUAAAUAACAAAGCUGGGGCUGUUCUUGCUUUGGGUUUCAGCAUUGCCUAUUGUCAUUGAGUAAAUGCCCCUGGCUCAAACUCUCAAGGCUGAUUUAGCUGGAUGUGCCAGCUUCUGCUGCCCUAGGCUAGAUCUCCACACCCAUGUUUCUCCUUGGGCGUCAGAGCCUUUGUAUCUAGUUCAUUGGGUAUUUCAUGUCACUCGCCAGAUUCCCAUGAGUCCAUUCAUUCUAUCAUGCCAUUCAUGCCUGGAGCUUGCUGAACACUGUGCUGGAAAUAGCCUCCAGACUGGCAUGUUGCCCAAAGCUGCUGAAGUGCUGCUGACUGACUGGCUACUGGGUGGACUGAGUACCUCCUCUGGUAGGGCAGUGGUCUUCCUAAGACUGAGUACUGUUGCACAGCUCGGGGUGGUGUGGGCAGAGACCUAGCACUGCUCUGCCAUACUCUGUUCCUGGCUGCCUUUUCCUUAGCAUGUGUUUCUCUGGGGCGGCAGGUAAAAACAUUUGCUUCCAACAUUCAUGGACUUGUUGCAGUCGGAAAGGGGUUGUCACCGCUCUAGAAGGGGCACCUGGCCUCAAUGUGAGAGUACUGUCGCCCUCCGCUGGCCCCAGAAGACCUGGCAUAACCAGGCUUUUAGUGGCAAAAGGUUAGAGGACCCCCGACAUUGGGAACAGAUUUAGCAAAUGAACACUGAGUCACUUCUGGGUAGAAGACAGACAGCGAGCCGGUCAGUUGGGGUGUCUGCUUUGCCUCUGCUGGCGCUGACGACAACCGGAGACGAGCGCCUGGCGCAGGCUGACGGAGCGCUGCAGCUCCUUGGAUGACUUUCCAGAUGAGAAGGCAGUCACUGGAGUGCAGGCUGACUGACUGGGAUAACUGGGGCCCAGCUGACCUCAGCUCCCGUCACCUCCCAGGUGCUUUCCAUCGGGGCCUUCAAGUGCUGUGGGUGCUAGAAGCAGGAAGAGGCAAAACACAGUUCAUUCUCACCUGAUGAGUGCGUGUGUUGGGAAUGUGGUGGGCAGAUUCUCUGCUGUAGCUGGUGGCGUGGUGUUUUCCUUUCUUCCAUCUUGGCUUCUCUGACGUCACUCCUGUGUUUGUGGGGAGAGGGAUGGUGGGAGAGUCGGUGUCUUUCGUGUGUUCCUUUCCAUGCAGUAACUUCUGUGUUUGCUCUGUUCAGGCCGCCUCCUCCUCCUCCUCCUCCACCCCUGUGUCUGUCCAGUAAAUGCUCUCCCCGUGUGCCAUGUGCUCCCUUUGUUCAGUUCUUCACUGGAAUGGGAACUCUAGCUGGUAACAGAAGUGCCUCUCCUCGCCUCGGGGUAAGGGAGCUCCCUCCGUACUCCUUGUAUGGAAGGCUCCCAAAGCCUACCUGCUCCCUAGUCUCUGGGUCUCUUCAAGUCACAGCAACCUCCUUCUGUAAGUAUAGGACUUCUGUCUGGCUUGGAAGCUCUGGAAGUCACUAACGGCCGCAGGCCCAGCCCCUGGCAUCUGGGAAAGAUCAGAGUCAGGCUGAGGGGUGGUAGACAGUAAAUAGCAUUUUGGUACAAAGCCAGCAGGUGGCAUUCUGGGUCUGGGGCCCUUUAUCUGGGACCCUCGGUGGGAGCAUUGGGGAGGCAAUAGCGAGAGCUGGCUUUAUCUCAGUUGAUGGCAGGAAAGGCUGGGCCUGACCAGGGGACAGACGUUCUUAACAAGACCUGCUAAUGUUUCUAACCAAGAAGGAUGCUAUCAAGACCAAGAUGUGGGCUCUGGUAUUCUGCCUGGGGAUGUGCACAUGGCCAGCACUGCAGGGUGGGACCCUAAUGAGAUGCCCUGAGCUCAGCCUGAGGCCUCCCCAAAAGUUUCAACCUCUGCUUUGCUGGGGCUCUUGGAGGCAGUCUGUUGACCUCAGAGUCUUACCCUGUACCAGUGCCCUCAUACCCCUUAUAAGGUUCCACGAUGUCCUCUGGACUCAGAGCCUCUCCUGGACCAGGCUGGCAAGGCUGUGGCCUUUGAAGGGACACUGGUGAGGUGGGUGGAGUCGACAGCUGCUACUGGAGCUGCCUCUUGAAGUGUCCUCCUUUUUCAUGGAGAAGUUCCGAGUCUGCUCCCUGUGGUUCCAGCUACUUGGAAAGCAGACACACGGGGAUUUCUUAAGCUCAGUUCAAGGCCAACUAAUUAAGACCCUGUCUUUGUUUUUUUAAGAAAAGGAGGGGGGUCAUUGGUGAGCUGCUGUGAAUGUCACCUCAGCUGUUCCUGGAAAUGGCCAGCUUUCAGCAAUAGUAAGCAAAUGGAUUGGUGCUGGAAAGAGAGGCCCAGGGCCUGGGAAGCUUCGUAGCUGCAGGGUUGAAAACUGGCCCCACUGCUCCGGAGAUUGUCUGGAAGUUCCUUCUCAGUUGUCCCACAGGUCUCUCUAGUCGUGCCAGCCUGGAGGCAUCCUCCUCACGGCCUCUGCCCCUCCCACACUUGGAAUGGAGCCCUCUGUGAGCUCUCACUCGGGACUUUAGAAACCAAAAGUUUUCUAAGAGUGGCAGUGUGGUGUGGCCCUCUGGUGGCGGCUGCAGCCAUUCACAUUUGAAAGCAUAAACUGCCCAUGAGGGAUGGGAGACUUCUUGCUGGAGUUGGGUGAAGCGCUCUGGAGAGCAGAUCCCUGGACACGGAGCAUGUGCUGGGAGGAGACAUCCUGCGGCACCAGAGCUGCAGCAUGGGAGAGCGCAGAGCUCUCCGAAGGGCUGGGAGCUGGAUGAAGUUCCUCUCUACUUGGGAGUCACUCUGAGACAGCUGCUCCCCGAAGAGCAGAGGUACCAGCUCCCUCAUCCUCGGGUACUGGGAAGAGUCACUUGACCCAAGUGACUCAUCUACCUGGAACUGUCACUCAGGAGGCCCUCAGCCGGUAAAAGUCAGCUUGGGUCCCUCUUCUUCCUGCUCAGUGUAGGUGGCUCGCAAAGGUGAUAGGAGCUUCCCUCUGCGUUUGCCUUACGCCAUUCACAACAGUUUCACGUGGGUGCAGGCAAAGUAAGCCCAUGUCAGGGUUGCCUUGUCUUCUGUUUCUUCUUUUAUGUCAAGACACAAAAUUAGGUCAAAGCUGGUAGGUCAACAUUUUGCUCUUGGAGGACAGUUACUGAUAUGUCAAGGUCAGCUGGUGGUUCCUGUUGUUUUCAGUGACUGCUAAUUGGAGAAUGUAAUUCAGCAAAUGUUUGAGGGCCUGCCCAAGGUCAGACAGUUGACUUAGCUGCACUGUAUCCCCGGUUUCCUAGGACAUGGUCCUAGGAUGCAGUCACUGCCCUCCUGGGGGCUACCAACAGUGGGAGGUCGUCUCCCUCAAGUGAGUCUCUCCUGGUUGGUUUCAAGCCUUCACUCUCUUUGAGCACUCACUAGGAGUUCGGAGGCUCCAUAUCCUGGGCCAGUUUGUAAGAACAACCCUGGUUUCUGGCGAACUGAAUGUAUAUACACAGACACUAAUAACAUAGGCCAAGAAAGGCCACAAGAAAGAUAUACAAAGGGAUGGGGAUUGGCAUGGUAGUGCAUCCCUAUAAUCUCAGCUACUUGGUUAAGGCAGGAGGAUUGCAGGCUGAAGGCCAUCCUGGACAACUAAGUCAUGAAACCCUGUCUCAAAACAUAAAAGGAUUGGGUUGGAUAUCACAGUGAUAAGUCCCUGCCUGCCACCUACAAGGUCAUAGGUUCAAUCCCAGCAUUGCACUCCAAAAAAGGGGGAAAUGGAAGGCAAGGUUCCCAGAGGCUGGGGAGGGAGGACCUCUCUGUAUAUGACAUGGAUUCAGCCCUACAGAGGCAAACAGGAUGAGUGGGACCAUCUCGGCAGCUUAGGCACUAAGCACCAGGUCUCUCCGGGCCUGCUCCCACCUCUCAUGAUCCGGUGGUGCGGUCCAUGUGGUAACGUUUCCUGCGACUUGAAGCAGCAGAAACCGAGGGGCUCAGGUGAGUUGAGAACCUGCCAGAGGUCACAGGGUUCCCGCCUUGUUCAAGAGGUAUGUGGGGACUGGGAGGUACCAGGGAGGGUGGCCCAUGAGGCAGAGAGAGAAGUUGGGCUGUGUGAUUUGAGGCCACACAACUGCUGAGGCAGAAGGUCUAGCACAAAGGCCAGUGGCCAGCAGGUGUCUUCAAUGCUUAACCAGAGGAAAAGAGAUCUUCAAAGCCACCUACAGCGUGAGGGAUAUUCACAGACUUCUAAAUCGGCCUUCCUUUAGCCCAAAGAGCCAGAUUCUGGGCUGUAGCCACACCUUUCAGCUCCUGCCCAGCAGCUGCCAGCCCUGGUGACUUCCUGGCUCUGUAGAGCUAAACUGCCCAUCUCAGGGCCUUGAUGCAGUCUGGCUCCAGUGGCCUGGGGAGGGGCUAGACACUGGCUGCUGGUUUUCAGAAGCUCCUGAGAUAAUUUUCCUCCCCUAGCAGGGUCAGGAAGCACCAUUCUGACUGAUGAUAGGGCACGGGAAAGUAGGCCGGCCACACAGCCCCUUCCGCUACUCCACAGCGCAGCAGUUUGUUCAAAGAAUCUCUUGAGCUGCAGCGAGGUGAAAAUUCAGCCUGGCUAGGAAAAAGUUCACCAGGCCUAGGCCCAUCUGGUCACCUUGCUCGGUGUCCCCACCAUGGUCAAAUCCACAUGGCUUUUUUUUUUUUUUUUUUUUUUUUUUUUGGUUUUUCGAGACAGGGUUUCUCUGUGUAGCUUUGCGCCUUUUCCUGGAACUCACUUGGUAGACCAGGCUGGCCUCGAACUCACAGAGAUCCACCUGGCUCUGCCUCCCAAGUGCUGGGAUUAAAGGCGUGUGCCACCACCGCCUGACUCCACAUGGCUUUUAAAAUGGCAUCAGAUGUAAAAAGUGUGGGGAGUGGAGGAGUUGAGGUCAUAUUUUCAGGAUAUCACAGGUAAAGGACAUCUGCCAACUUGGACUGAAUCCCUAGGCCCAAACCCAAGGUAGCCCUUCCUGCUGUCCACCUGCUCCUGCCUUCUUGUGCCCUGACUGGGGCCCUUCAGUGCCUCCUUUAUGAAGUCCAAGCUCUCUGGGGCAAGAUCCCAGGCUUGUUUCCUGCAGUCUUAAACAGCUUCCAAACACUGUGGGACUUGCCCCACCUAUCGGACCCAGUGUGUUACUGGAAACCUGAGUUCUUACUAGGAUUGCUGCUUCAGUUUGUGCAGCUGCAGCAGGACUGAGCUCACACCAGCCCUGCAUUAAAAAGUGCAGCUAAUCCUGCAUGGAGGGCUAAAGGACAUGAGAGGACAGAUAGAAAAAUGAAAUCUCAGUCUCAGCAGACCGGGAUUGCUAGUCAGGAGUCUAUUUGCCUUGGCUGCCAAGAAGCUCCAAGCUGAAAUGAUUGUUUAUCUCUUUUCUUUAUUUGAGAUAUUACAAACACCUUAUAGCAUCCUUGCAGCCCCCCUUUCUGAACCCAUGUAGUAUUUUAUCCAAGGAUUUAAGCUUUUAUGCCUAAGUUGUGGCUUUGGGUCCUGAACUGCAUGCAUCUGAGGGCACCAGCCAUACUUCGUCCUGCCUUUUCUCCAAAAUAGUCACAUUAAGUCUAGUGCAUUGCUCAUGCCUAAGGAGACCUAUCAGGGGGAAUGGUGGCUAAAAAGUUCAAUUUUUUUUUAAUCUGUCCAUGAAGGGAAAAAAGCCUUGGCCUUAGCCAAGAGGACGAGAAACAAUCAGGAGUCCUUUUUUAAGCAUGCAGAUGUCUUAAUGUCUAUGCGCUUCCCUUUUUGCAUCAGCUGGCCAUAGCUUCAAGGCAUGUUAGUGUCCAGCUAUUCUAAUGCUGUCUGGGAAGAAGGACCAGGAUUACAGCAGGCACAUCCAUGUGCUACGCAAGGCUCCAUAGGGAUCCCAAUGCUUCGGCCCUGUUUCUGGAUUCAGGGCUGCCAUGGUCCUGACCCCGUUGUACCUUCUCUGCUCCUACACUGUAGGGUUUCGAUCUGUCUCCCUCAAUGGAGUCAACAAGUCUGUGAGCCCCUUGUGGGCAGGGAUCCAGCUCUGUGUUUGGCAGCCCUAGAUUUCUGCUGGGUUCUGGCAGCUCCUGGCCAGGGAAGAUGUUUGCCUGGGUUUUCUACUGUCUCCGAACUGGAGGAGCCACGCCCCCAGGAGGAAGCCUCACAGUUCUGGUACGGUUGCUGCAGCUGGUGUUGUGAAUCAGGCCGACGAGCAGCGCAUCUUCUUACCCGGCUAUUUCACGACACCAGGGUUGCAUCCUACCCAUCCUCUCCAGGCAAGCCUCGUGGGACCACAGGACACAGGAACUUGGGGACAGGGUGGGUUGGGGUAACUGUGAAAGGUGAUUUUCAAUAGCCCAUAGCAUCUCUAUCCUAUAGCUCCUCAUAGUCACCUGGGCAGCUUUAGACCAAUGCCAGUGGCUGUCCUCCCCCUACUCUGCCAACCCAUGACCUCAGAGUCAGCAUUCCUGAGAGGCUCUAACCCAUGUGCAGCAGGAGGGAACCAGGUGGGCCUAAGGCUCAGAAUCGAGCUGCUCCCCCCUCUCCCCGUUCUUGUCUGACCAUGCCAUGCCAUCUGCUGGCCCUCCCCAGCCCCUAUCCUUUAAAUUUGAUGUGCACCAUACAACUGCUACUCCCAGCACCAAGACGCCCAGGACAAAAUCAGCUCCUUAUCCUGGCACCCAAAGCCCUUCCUGUCAAAGAUUCCUACCCAGGAACAUUCUCCCAUGGAGCUCUCCCGUCAUUGCCCCCCCCCCCCCCCAUACACACACACACAAACUGGCCUCAUACAGUUCCACAUAAAUGCUAAUGCUGUCAUCUGUCUUCAGGACACCUACCAUCUUACUAUCCUAAAGUUUCUCCCAGGCCUGGCCGCCAUCACUGCAUAUUGAAGCAACCCCCGUCUGGUCUCCCUUAGUCCAUUCUUCACACAAUGUGAUCUGUAGAAAGUCCAGACCUGAUCAUCACGUUGCAACUUGUAAGCUGGUCUAUGAGGCUCAAGUUCCCUCUUCUGUGUACACACCCUGUCUGCUUGGUCCUAGCACCCAGGCCUCCCUGCUCUGUUGGAAGCCCAAGCUGCAUUUUGUUCUGGGGCCUUGGCUCUCUUCCUGCCUGGCUCCGCACCUCUUGCAGAUCCUGCUCACAUACGGGUGGCCAAGCUCCAGGUUUGCAUCCUCAAAGAGACCUAAUGGCCUGACCUAAGAAAAAGCUUUUCUUCAUAGCACAUUCUUCACUAGGUAUAUCCUGACAGUUGCUUGUGUGUUUAUUGUCUCUCUCUCCCUCGAGAAUGUGAGCUCCCAGAGGGCAGGACUUUGUCUUGUUUGGGGAAGGGCGCCUUGCUCAGCACAGAAGAGAGUUAUGUGGUCGUUACCUAAUAAAUGUGGUGGAAUGGAGAAAUGCCCCUGCA